GGGCACACUUCUCUCUCCCCCCUUUUUUUCCUGUUAUUAUCACCUUUUUCUUCUUUUUUUCUUUUCUUUUUCUUUCAUUUGUUUGUACUAUAAAAAAAUGAGUAAAAGUCUACCUGGCAACCAUCGAUUUCCUAUAGAGAUACUUCAGCAGAUACUUGAUAAAUUGGAAAGCAACGUAGAGUUAAAGACCUGUUUGCUUGUAUGUAAAACAUGGCAUUCGGUAGCUCAAGGAUUUUUCAGCGCUGAUAUCCGACUUAGCAUUGAUGACAUGUCAUUAAAACGACUUUCAAAGGAUCUUCCUGCGUUUGGGUAUAAAGUGAAAAAGCUCACCUUAAAUUACUUGUCCUCCGGAACCGAAUCGGCUGUCACUCUAAGGUCUGUCCUGAAAAUGUGUCCCAACCUUCUUCAGUUGCAGUUUGAUUUCACAGAAGUGUACGAAUAUUUAAAAGCACUCAACUGUCACGGUGCUGUCUUACCAAGUAUUCAACACAUUCGGGUUCUGGACUUGAAGGGUUGCUCACCAGCUGUGCGACGGUUUCAUUUAUGGGUGAAUUAUAGGUUCCGUGCCUCCAUCACAUCACUGGAGAUUGAUGACUUGGAAGAUAACGGUGCUUUGAAAAAUUAUGGCGGAUUAAUUCAUCUCGUCUCGAUGUUUCCCAACCUAACCUAUUUGAGAGCAAAGUGUCACUCGAUUGUCGACAGAGAUCUUUGUGUGAAUUUAACCGAACUACUAUCUGCAGGCCCGAAAUUACAAGAGCUCAAGUUGUACGGUAUUGGAGAAAUCAGCUAUCAAAAGGAUUUGGUCAUGGAGGAAUAUCCCAAAAUAACUAAACUCAAGCUUAAGGUUGCACAGAUGGAUAUCCAAUUCUUGCAGUACAUUGUCACGAGCUUUAAAAAUGUGGACAAUCUACGUUUGAUCACCUUUAAUAUUCUACCAGACAAUUCUUUAACUAAUCAAGCGUCUGAUAAAGUACUGCGAGAUUUGGAAUCUUAUACGGUGGGCAUGAGUAGAGUCAAUAUCAAUUAUAAAUACAAGGCCACCAGCCAUGUUUCCAAUCGUGGUAAGGUUAACCCCAACAAGAUUGUUAUGAUGGGUCUACCUGAUGGAUUUAUAUUACGCGAACAAGGGUGGAUGGUGGGUGACUGGUUAGACGACGACGAUGACGAUGAUGAAGAAGACAAUGACUAUUUUUACGCGGAGGAAGAGGAGGAAGAGGAAGAGGAUUUCGGCUCUGCUGAUUAUAUUACAGAUAUGAGACUGGCUCAUAUGCUUUAUCAACAUCUUUUAGAUCGUAUUGAAGCAGAAGAAGAAGAUGAAGAAGAGAUACCCAUGCAUCCAUCUGAAGAGGAAGAACUUAUGAGAGCUUAUUACUCUUUUUAAUCUCUCUUUUAUUUUUUGCAUAAAUUGCUGUCCCCGUCUUUUUAUAAUAUAUUCCCCCACCACCUAUCUGCGCUCCAAAAACUUUUUUUUAUUAUUAUUAUUUCCUUCACUCCCACAAAAAUAAAUUUGAAUGAAUAAAGAAAACCAAUCUUUAAGAGCUCG